AUUUCCGUGAUUAAUUAUUGUCCUUGAUCCUCAAUUAAAUGCUUAUUAAGAAGUUAAAACUUCCCCAACCACACCUUGAUAUUGACCUCUCACCCUCCAAAUACCAUAUAAUAUGUCAUGGACUUCAUAUGAGCAAGUUGGAACUUGUUAUGCCACAAAAAUCAGUUAUGACCUGGCAGAUAGCCAAAGCCUUUCCACCACUUAGAAUCCAAACCAACCCAACUCACCCCACCUUAUCCUAAAAAGAGAGCCAAAAAUAAUUAAUCACAAAAAUCACAUACCCUAAAAAAAAAAAAGUUAAGCAAACAAAAAACAAACUUUAUCAACAUUUUUUGAGAAUGGAUAGUAGAGAUGACCACCCUUGCAACCAACACCACCAUCAAUUCAACCACAUCCAAAGUCACGGCCUCCGGUACACCUUUUCCAACCUUCCCCGGCCACUACCAAUGUCGGAAAAAAUUUCUCUCCACUCAUCCUAUCCAUACCAAUCGUCGAACAAUUUCUCUACCACAUGUAACAAAUGAUCAAAGCAAGACAAAAGUGAGCUCUAAUUCAAGGGUUGGAAAAUCAGAAGCAGAUGAAAUAGUGGAUGGGAUGGAAUUUGGGGAACUAUGCAAUGAGUUUGAGUGCAAAAGUAGUCCAUUGGUUGAAUCAACUGCUAGACAACUUGUACGUGAUAUCUUAGAGCUUAGGGAAGGUAAUCGUGCACUUGGCACUUUUGCUGUUUCUGUUAAAUACAAGGAUCCAGUUAGAAGCUUUACUGGACGAGAGAAGUACAAAAGACCACUUUGGAUAACUGAUGCACUAGACAAUCCUAAAGUGACAGUGCAAGAAAUGAUGAUGCAGUCAACAAGUGUGCUAAACAUCAAAUGGACCCUCAAAGGGAAGCCUAAGUCAAUUUUGGCUAGCAUAGGUGGAGAUUUGAUCAUUAAGGUGACUUCUAAGUUCACCUUAAACCAGAUUAGUGGCCAAGUAAUCGAGCACGAGGAAUCCUGGGAUCUAUCUGCAUCAUCACCUAUAGCUCAAGCAUACUUCUGGUCAUCUCGCCGCCUCUAUGCAACGAAAGAAGCUGGGAAGGAUGCGGUGGAUUCUGUUAAGGAACUCGGUAGCAAGGUUUCUUCCCCUAAGGAAAACAUUGAGAUAUACCCUGAUCCUUCUGGUGAUCCCACCAAGUUCUUUCAAAGGGAUGACUCCUACCAAAGGGAUUUGUACCAGAUUGCAUUAUUCCUAGCACUUAUUUACUUUGUUGUACAGUACUUAAGGAACACUUUGUAAAAUUUACAUGCUCGAAUCGUUUAUACUUAGUAUGUCUUUUUUUUCGGGUAAAA